ACGCGGUGGUGGGGGAAGGUGACAGCUGACGCGUCAAUGGCGCAUUAUUAUUUCAUUAUUUUGAUCAUUUUGAUUAAUUGAUUGUGUGUUUUAAUUAAAUCCUAUUGUAAUCUUAUUUUAUUUUGUGCGUACGAUAUUCAAUAAAAAAUCUGUCGUUUAAAUCUGGAAAAAUUACUAGCUAAAGUUACUAGAAAGCUAGGUCUUUUAUUGGAUGGAUCGAAAAUUUCUGAAUGAUUCUAUUAAUGAAUAAUAGAAUCUUCGAACGCAUUCUACGAGAAAUGUCUCAAUUUUGAAUGAAGUUCAAUGUUAUCAAUGGAAACAGAGACCACGUGUUCAAGCGCAUUGAAAGAAAAAGUCUAAAUAUAAAUAUAUACAAGAUAACUCAAAGUUGAGAGCACUUUUAAAAAGAAAAAAAUGAGCGAAAUUAAAAGUUUCUCGGAUUUAAAACUAAAUUCUUGGCUACUUACACAAUGCGAUACGAUGGGUUUAAAAAAUCCCACUCCAAUUCAGCAAAAUUCUAUUCCCCGAAUAUUAGCAGGUGAAGAUUAUAUAGGAUGUGCCAAGACAGGUAGCGGCAAGACUCUUGCAUUUGCUCUGCCCAUUUUACAAAAAUUGUGCGAAGACCCAUAUGGCAUAUUUGCUCUUGUCUUGACACCAACAAGAGAACUAGCUUUCCAGAUAGGUGAUCAAUUUGCUGCCAUCGGCAAAGCUAUCAAUUUAAAGAAAUGCGUAAUUGUUGGUGGUAUGGAUAUGAGAGUGCAAGGAUCGGAAUUAUCCAAACGGCCACACAUAGUUGUAGCUACACCAGGCAGACUGGCAGAUCACUUAGACAGCUGCGAUACGUUUUCUCUGCAAAAAAUCAAAUUUCUAGUGUUGGAUGAGGCCGAUAGAUUGCUAAGUGGUCAUUUUGAUGAACAACUUAAAACAAUAUUUGCUGCAGUACCUAAACAGAAACAAGUAUUAUUAUUCAGUGCUACAAUGACAGAUGCCCUUGAUAAGGUGAAGCAAAUAGCCUCCAGUAAGGUUUUCACAUAUGAAGAAGAGGAUGAUGAUGGUGUCGCCACUGUAAGGGAAUUGGAUCAACGUUACGUAUUAUGUCCUAAGGAUGUACUUGAUUCAUUUCUAGUAGAAGUAAUUAGAACAUUUCGUGCUACAAACAAGAAUGGCUCUAUUAUGAUAUUCACGGACACUUGCAAGCAUUGUCAACUAUUGUCAAUGACACUGAAUGACGUUGGAUUCACAAACGUGGCUCUUCACGCGAUGAUAAAACAGAAAGAACGUUUAGCAGCGUUGAGUAAAUUCAAAUCAAAUCAUGUACAAAUUUUAAUCGCUACCGAUGUCGCAGCGAGAGGUUUGGACAUCCCGACAGUAGAAUUAGUCGUUAAUCAUAUUAUACCGAAUGUACCGAAGGAAUACAUUCAUAGAGUCGGCAGAACAGCUCGCGCAGGUAGAGGCGGUAUGGCGAUUAGCCUGAUAACGCCAAACGAUAUCAAAUUAUUACACAAGAUAGAAGACACCAUAGGCACUAAAUUAACAGAAUACAAAGUAGACGAUAAGGAAAUCGUUACGAUCUUGACGCAAAUAUCAGUGGCGAAACGAGAAGCGGAGAUUAAACUAGAUGAAACUGAUUUUUAUGAAAAGAAAAUGAUUAAUAAACGAAAAAAAUUAAUCUUAGAAGGUAAAGAUCCGGACGAAAUAGAAGAGCUUUUAGAGGAACAAAAGAAGAAGAAACAUAAAAAGCUAAAAAAGAAAGAAAAAGUAGAACAAACAAUUUCGACGUGAAAUAAAACUAAAUGUAUAUAACAUAAUGUAAAUGAAAUUGAUACAAAAUAUAUAUCAUACAAUUAUGUUAAUUUAUAUGUAUGAUAGAAUGAUAAAUGAGACGUUAUUGUUUUCUCUAAAUAAUCUAA